AUGGGUAGAGGGAGAGGAAAAGGGAAAAAACAAUCUCCCAUUGCUCGUGAAGAUAGUGCAAGCUUUGAGGAUGAGAAGUUGCCUAUGAAAAGAAGGGGAAGGCCACUGAAAGCGAUGAAAGACGAACUCGAGGAUGAUGAUGAAUUUGAAAAGAUAGGAGGAGGAGAAGAAGUAGGAUACGAAAAUGGUGAAAAUGAAAAAGGCUCGGAUGCUGGUAAAAACGGUAAAAAUGGUGCCUUCAUUGAGAAUGGCAAGAAGAGGAAAAGGCCUCUACAAGAAGAUGAUCAAGAUUUAGCCGUACGAGAGGAAAAUGGGAGUGCCUUGAAUAAAAACGUUGGCUAUAGACAAAAUGGAAGUCGGAGGAAAAGCAAACCUAGGCGUGCUGCUGAAGUUGGCGUCGAGUGCAAAUGA